UGCUCCCAGCAGCGCCAGAGCGGAGCCUGCAAGGAUGGGAGCCAGGCUGCUCUGCCUGUGCCUCCUCACAGCCCUCCUCGGCUACUACAUCUACACCCCGCUCCCCGAGGACCUGGCCCAGCCCUGGACAGUGAUGCUCAUCUCGGCUGCCGUCAGGGCCCUGGGGCACCUGUCGGAGGCGGCUGAGCUGCUGGGGAUGAUGCACUACAUGGAGGGCUUGAGGCUGAUCACGGCUGUCGAGCUCGUCGCUCCCACGUCCGACGAGAACGUCACUGUGGCAGACACAGAGUUCAGCGCUGUCCCCGUCCGCCUGUUCCUGCCCCGGAGGGCACCCGGCGGGCUCAGGAGGGCCAUGGUCUACUUCCACGGCGGCGGGUGGUGCCUGGGAGACGCAGGCAUGCACAGCUACGAUCUCAUGUCACGGCGGAUUUCAAACGAGCUAAAUGCUGUCGUGGUGUCAGUCAACUACAGGCUGGCCCCUCCGCACCAUUUCCCUGCCCAGUUUGAAGACGUGUACGCGGUGACCAAGUUCUUCCUGCAGAGCAAGGUCCUGUCCCAGUACGGGGUGGACCCUGCGCGGGUCUGCGUGGCCGGGGACAGCGCCGGGGGCAACCUGGCUGCGGCUGUGGCACAGCAGCUGUCGGAGGACCCUGAAGUCAAAACCAAGCUCAAAGCUCAAGUUCUGAUCUACCCAGCUCUGCAGGCGCUGGACCUGAACCUGCCGUCCUACCGGGACAACGCCGACAAGCCGCUGCUGCCCCGCUCGCUGAUGGUGCGCUUCUGGAGCGAGUAUUUCACGUCGGACCCGGCUCUCAGGGAGGCCAUGGCCUGCAACGGGCACGUCCCGGCCGAGGCGGGCCCGCUGCUGCCGCUGGUGAACUGGAGCCGCUGGCUGCCCGCCGAGAUGCGGAAGGCUCACGCGUACGCCAGCCCGGCCCCGGGCGGCGCGGAGCUGGCCCGGAGGUACCCCGGGCUGCUGGACCCGCGGGCGUCCCCGCUGCUGGCCAGCGAGCCCCGGCUGCGCCGCCUGCCCCGCGCCCUCAUCGUCACCUGCGAGCACGACGUGCUGCGGGACGACGGCGCCAUGUACGCGGGCCGGCUCCGCGCCGCCGGCGUGCCCGUCACGCACCACCACGCCGGGGACGCCUUCCACGGCGCCCUCACCUUCCUCGCGUGGCCGCUGGAGCUGGCCCUGGGCCACCGGCUGCUCAACACCUGCGUGGGCUGGCUGAGGGAGAACCUGUGAGCGCAAAGUCCCCUCCUCACCUGCGCCAGGUGUGGCCGGAGCCGUGCCGGAUUCCGGCCGUGAUUGCCGUCCCCGUUGCAAUUCCCGCGGUGCUGGGGCUGGAGCGUUUCCCGUCUUGUCCGGCAGGAAAUCAGUCUGACCCUAACCCACGUGUUCCUCCAGUGUUAUCGCCCGAACCUCAAACCCCCAGACUGCCAGGACUGCCCCGGGGUUCCUCUUCUGGCCCUGCAGCCUCCGGGAUUCGGUGUCUUUUCUCCGUUGCUCUUCUUCCUUCCCACCACGUUUUCAGCCCGCGGUGUGUGCCGAGGGGCCAGGUCGCUGUGGGCACACGGGACGUGCUCGUGGCUGCUUUCUUCCUGUCUGCUUUGGCUCCGUGGGAUGCGGCAGCAGGGCCCUACUGCUGCCGGGGCUGAUGGGGUGAAGGGAAGCAGCGGGAGGCUCGGGGCGGCUGCAGGGACCUGCCCAUCGCGGGCUGGGCUGGGCUGGGCUGGGGCUGCUGCUCCUGCCCGGCACAGCUUGAGGGAAGCACUUGGAAACCCAGUGGGAUGGCUAAAAAAUUGUGAAAGUGUUUGGGGCUUUGCUUGUUUGUUUGUUUUGGGGGUUUUGUUUUCUGGGUUUUUUUUUUUUUUGGGGGGGUUUUUUUUUUUUUUUUUUUUUUUUUGGUUUUUUUUUUUUUUUUUUUUUUUUUAGCACUCUCUUACUCCUACUUCCUUUCUUUAAUCCUUGCACUAGCAGGAAAGAGUGAAUCAAACCAGCACUGGAUAUUCACUGGGAAAAGGAAGCUGUGAAGGUCCCAGCCUUAUGAUAACACUGCUGCAUGGUCUGUGCUCUACUCAUAUGUUAAGUCAUGUACUAGGUGUUCUAAUUGUCCUUGAAAUUUUUUAUCAGAUUUCACAUAUGAUUUCUUAAAAGUAGAAUUAGCUUAGUAGCUUUAUAGGCUUGGAAAAGAAACAUAGUUCAGCUGGCUGUGGGGAACAAAUAACCUCUGUGUAAAUGUUUGGUGUGUUAAAUAUAAACCCUAAAACUUUUGACUGAAGCAUGAAUACAGGGGUUGGCUGUUGGUUUAAGUAAAUCAACCACUGGGCAGGUACUUCAUGUAUCCUGCUUUUCUUUUGCAUAAAAGGUACUGAAUCCUCAAUAAUUCUGGGUUAUUUUUCCUGGGUGUGUGCGGCCUGUUCAGAUGGAAUGUGUACAGGAUGAUUGCUGUUUUCCAUCUUUAUUAAGUUGAAUCUAAAGAUUAAACUCGUUUUUGAUUCCA